GAGCGCGCUCCUCCGGCGCCGGCCUCGCCUCCUCGCAGCAGCGCCAUGGAUGAGUUCCACCCGUUCAUCGAGGCGCUGCUGCCUCACGUCCGCGCCUUCGCCUACACCUGGUUCAACCUGCAGGCGCGGAAACGCAAGUACUUCAAGAAGCACGAGAAGCGGAUGUCGAAGGACGAGGAGCGGGCGGUGAAGGACGAGCUGCUGGGCGAAAAGGCCGAGGUGAAGCAGAAGUGGGCGUCGCGGCUGCUGGCCAAGCUACGCAAGGACAUCCGGCCCGAGUGCCGCGAGGACUUCGUGCUGGCCAUCACAGGCAAGAAGGCACCGGGCUGUGUGCUCUCCAACCCCGACCAGAAGGGUAAGAUGCGCCGCAUCGACUGCCUGCGCCAGGCCGACAAGGUGUGGCGGCUCGACCUGGUCAUGGUCAUCCUCUUCAAGGGCAUCCCGCUGGAGAGUACGGACGGCGAGCGCUUGGUCAAGGCGGCGCAGUGUGGCCACCCAGUGCUCUGUGUGCAGCCCCACCACAUUGGAGUGGCCGUCAAGGAGCUCGACCUCUACCUGGCCUACUUUGUGCGCGAACGAGAUUCAGAGCAGAGCAGUAGCCCCCGCACAGGCUUGGGCUCUGACCAGGAGGACAGCAAGCCCAUCACGCUGGACACGACCGACUUCCAGGAGAGCUUCGUCACCUCUGGCGUGUUCAGUGUCACAGAACUUAUUCAAGUGUCCCGGACGCCCGUGGUGACUGGAACAGGACCCAACUUCUCCCUGGGGGAGCUUCAGGGGCACCUGGCAUAUGACCUGAACCCAGCCAGCACUGGCAUGAGAAGAACGCUACCCAGCACCUCGUCCAGUGGGAGCAAGCGGCACAAAUCGGGCUCGAUGGAGGAAGACGUAGACACGAGCCCCGGCGGCGAUUACUACACCUCGCCCAGUUCUCCCACGAGUAGCAGCCGCAACUGGACGGAGGACAUGGAAGGAGGCAUCUCGUCUCCUGUGAAGAAGACAGAGAUGGACAAAUCCCCAUUCAACAGCCCAUCGCCCCAGGACUCACCACGAUUGUCCAGUUUCACACAGCACCACCGGCCUGUCAUUGCUGUGCACAGCGGAAUCGCCCGGAGCCCUCACCCAUCCUCGGCCCUGCACUUCCCCACGACGUCCAUCCUGCCCCAGACGGCCUCCACCUACUUCCCGCACACGGCCAUCCGCUACCCACCUCAUCUCAACCCCCAGGACCCGCUCAAAGAUCUCGUCUCUCUGGCCUGUGACCCGGCCAGCCAGCAGCCUGGACCGUUAAAUGGAAGUGGUCAGCUCAAAAUGCCCAGCCACUGCCUUUCCGCCCAGAUGCUGGCUCCGCUGCCCCCCGGGCUGCCGCGGCUGGCACUCCCCCCCACCGCCAAACCCACCACCAGCUCCGAGGGAGGAGCCACAUCGCCAGCCUCACCCACCUACUCUACGCCCGGCACGUCCCCUGCAAACCGUUCCUUUAUGGGAUUAGGACCGAGGGAGCCGGCGGGUACCUGUCAGGCACAGUCCUGGUAUCUGGGAUAACCAAGGUCUCCCCACGCCCCUCCUCCUUCGUCCCAGGACAGCUGGAGGGUAGCCCAGCCGGCCCCCGGCCCACGUUCUCAGCGGAAAGAUAGAAGCAGCUAGAACACCCCAUUAACUCCCAGGCCGGCAGAAAAGACACAACACACAGA